CUGCUUAGCCUUGUCCAGGGGCUCGGGGAAUAUCUGACAAGCGAUGAGGCCUUUAUUCGUUCGAAGGCCACUUUGGAUCAAUCGAAGGUCAAUGCAAGCGCUGUCAGUGUUCUUGUUGAGUUUUACUGCGAUCGCUUGACAGAUCAAGCCUGUGUUCCUGAGCUCUUGAAGGGCCUGCUUGCCCUUUCUAAAUUCGACAAGUUUACAGGCGCAGACUGCGACAAGGCCGUUAAAGCGAUUCUUGCCCUUGUCAACGUACAAACAUACCAGCAAACUGCUCGCCACUACGUCUUUUUGCUGUUCGAUUCGGUGAUCAACAGACAUACUCAAAGCCUUCGAUCUAUGUCGUCCGACUUUGUAUUUGGAUUUAUCCAAUGCCUUGACGGAGAAAAGGAUCCUCGAAACUUGCUGCUGGCGUUCACACUUAUCAAAAAGAUAAUCCAGGAAUUCGAUAUCGCUCAGCAUGUGGAGGACUUGUUCGAGGUGACAUUCUGUUACUUUCCAAUCACGUUCAGACCGCCUCCAGAUGAUCCCUAUGGUAUCACCUCGGAGCACUUGAAGAUCGGCUUGCGCGAAUGUCUCUCAUCUACACCCUACUUUGCCAAGUUUGCAUUGCCAUUGCUUCUCGAGAAGCUCUCCUCCAGUUCUGGAAGCGCAAAGAAAGAUUCUAUGGAGACCCUGGCUGCGUGUGCGCCUGUCUAUGGAUCCUCUGCACUCACGCCAUAUGCAGAGGAGUUAUGGAGCGGAUUGCAGAACGAGAUCUUUCAUGCCACAGGAGAUGACCUUGAGCAAGUAGCAUUGAACACCUUACAGACCAUUACAACAGAGCUUUCGAUGGGUGUUAGUAUGGGUGGGUCAAACGAUCCUGUAGAAAAGUUCUUGCGACCCAUUAUCACGGACUGCAUGACACAACUCCAAAAACCAGAGCUCAAGCUGGCCAAGCCGAGUGGAAAGAUUUUGAAGGCAUGCGCCAUGGCAUCAGAUCCCGCCUGUACUUUUAUCACCUUGGCUACGAUCCCAACACUUCUCUCGCAAUACACAUCGAGCGAGCAGUCAACCAGGAAAAAGGCGCUGCUGGAUGUGCUCAUCGACUUUUUGGAUGCAAGCAAAAUGCUCUAUGGGUCUGCUGGACAGCCAAAUGAACACGACACGGAUUUUGUUACACCUCUUCUCACCUUUAAGGACCGUUUCUUUGAGUUGUUUACAAACGCCAUCAUGUCGUCGAACGAAUACAAUGCGCUGAGAUUAGCGGGCGUCAAAGGUCUUCAUGGAAUGAUUUUGCUUCGCGAAUUCUUGUCAGAGACAGAGAUAUCAUACGCUGUUCAGUACUUUGUUCGUAUUGUCCUUGAGGAUCCAGAUGUUGAACUCCAGGAAACCGCGUUGAGCUCCUUGGCAUCCCUGUCAUCGAUUAUGCCUGGCGUCGUUCGAUCAAUGGCACUGCCAGCUUUGUUUGAAAUGCUCCCUACUUCUCAGAACGACAUGGAUGUGGAUACGGUGGUCCAGAAAAAGAGCCCCGAGUAUAUCUUGAACGCCAUCACAAAGAUUGGCCUGGAGCCAGCACUGUUCGCGGAUAUCGUUCCUCAGAUCCUGGAAAAAAUCGACCUCGUCUCUCGUGAUCUCAGUAGCUCUAGCCCCACUUAUCCCCUCAGCUUGCUCACAGCACUGUUAGUCCUGCUCCGAACAAAAGCAGAGAAAGGUCACAUUGAUCUUCCUCAAUACCUGUACCAGCUUGUGCCACAACUGAUUGGUAUGUGCAUCUUCCCCACUGUAAGCGCUGACGAUGCCGAUCACAUCAUGAAGAACUCUGAGAUCCAGGAGACUGUCGCAGGGAUAACUCGUGUUAUCAUGAUCCACGUCGACUCCAGUGCGCAAAACGAAUUUUUUAAGGCGAUCUUUAGCAUUUUCGUGGACGGAGAUCUGUCGGCGCUGCCCAAGUACGAAGAGGGCAUCCAGCAAGUACCCUUCACGCCUCUGCGUUUUGACGCAAGAGUUUCACAACAGAACGCCUGUGUCUUGUUCGCCACUGUUAUCGAUGGAUGCCGCCAGCAGACCACUAUUCCCGUCGAAAACUUGCAGCAUUUCAUUGGGUUAUUGGUGGAGGUUGCUAUCAGAACACCCAACGCCACCCAGCGCACAGCUCUCUCAAAAUCUGCGGCUACCAUCCUGAACAAGUUUAACAAGGGCAAUGUAUUGCAGGAAUUUAUUAGCCACACAUUGAUUCCGGAGUUACAUAGCAGGAUUCGUCAGGAGCAGACUUCGUAUGAAGAGAGGGAGGCUGCACUGACCAUGUACAUUUGGAUCACCAAGGCCAUGGUGCUGAGUACGAACGCAAUUGGAUAUGACAUGGCAGGAGAGCUGAUGAAUGUGUUUUCGGCGCCCCGUCUUGGCAAGAUUGCUGCCGACGGAUUUAACGUGGUCAUUGGCGAACAGCGGGAUGUCUUGACAAAGGAAACCUUUGCUGUGAUUCGGCUUUUGUACAAGCAACGGUUCUUCAACCACUGCAUCCCUGUGCUGGUCAAGGGCUUUGAGAACUCGGCCGAUGAAGUGCGCCAUAAUUUCUUGGUGGCACUCUCGCACGUCCUCCGAAAUAUUCCCAAGCAAGUGUUGCUGACUGAACUUCCACCUGUAAGUAUUCAGCUUCUGCUUUUUCCCUUCUCAGCCUUUAGAUCAUAUGCUUAA